AUGUCGAUGCAGCGGCGCGAAUUCCUGGGUUCGGCCAUGGGGGCGACGCUGCUAGGCGGAAUGCGAGUCGAGUCGUCGCUGACCGAACACCAGCCGAAGCUCAAGCUGUAUUGGGGUGACCUGCACAAUCAUAACGCGGUGGGUUAUGGCAAGGGUUCGUUGCCGCGCUCGAUUGAUAACGCUCGCGAGCAUCUCGAUUUCUUCGCCUUCACCGGGCACGCCUCGUGGCACGAUUUACCGCAGAUGCCACAGAAUCGUCACCAGAAGUGGAUCGACGGGUUCAAGGUGCAUCGCGAGCAUUGGCCGCGCACACGGAAGUUGAUUCGCGAGGCGAACACCGACGACUUCGUGGCCAUCCUGGGAUACGAAUGGCAUUCAAGCCAGUUCGGCGAUUACUGCAUGCUGUUUCCCGAGGAUCAGCCGGACUUGUAUCUGCCCGAUCACGUGGAGAAACUGCUGGACUUUGCAGAGGAUCGUGGGGCGUUGGCCAUUCCUCAUCAUGUGGCCUACAAGGAGGGAUGGCGUGGGGCCAACUUCGCUCACUUCCGCGAGGCGACCACGCCGUUCGUCGAGAUUUUCUCCGAACACGGCUGCAGCAUGACCGAUCGCUCGCCGUACCCAUACAUUCGCCACAGCAUGUCGGGCCGCGAUACAGCUAACACCAUUCAUCAGCAAAUGCAGCGGGGAUUGAAGUUCGGCUUCGUGGCCUCGACCGACGACCAUCAGGGUUUCCCGGGGGCGUACGGGAUGGGGGUGGUGGGAGUUUGGGCCGAGGAUCUUUCGGCCGAGUCGCUGUUUACGGCCUUUCGCCAGCGGCGCACAUAUGCGGCCACUGGUGAUCGCAUCGCCCUGGAAGUUGCACUCAACGGCCAACCGAUGGGCAGCCAUUUGGAAGCGGUCGCCGAUCGGCAAUUCGACGUUCGGGUUGAAGGGUUCGAUGCGUUGGCCAGCGUGGAACUCAUCCGCAAUGGCCGUGUGAUCGAGCGGCACUUUCCUGAAGACGACGUGCAGGGACUAGCCAGCUUGCCGGGCCGGGCGAAGUGCCGGGUGCAAUACGGCUGGGGGCCGUGGGGGCAGUUGGAUCUCUCGAAGAUCUGCGAUUGGGACCUUUCGCUGCGGAUCGAAGGUGGGCGGUUCGUGCAGGCCUGGAGUUGCUUUCAGUCCUCUCCGUUCGACGAGGGGCGUCGCGACACAAUGCGGGCCGUGGACGAUCGUGAGAUUCGGCUCAGUUCGGCCACCGCACGGCAAGGGAGUUUUGCCGAAGACCCGACGAAGGGCGUGGUUUGCGACGUGGAGGCCUCGCCCGAGGCAGUGUUCGUUUUGGAGCUGCGGAAGCCGGUCGCGAAGACGUAUCGCAUUCCGGUCGCGGAGUUGAUCGCGACGAAUCGUGUGGAGUUCGUCGGGGAGUUCACUUCCGAGAGUUUCAUCGUGCACCGUCUUGCUUCACCCGAGGAGACGGGGACCACGGUGCGGUGGCUCGACCGCCGGCGUGUGGAAGACGGGCCCGACUGGUAUUACGUUCGCGCGGUGCAGCACAACGGGCAACUCGCUUGGUGCAGAACACAGGCUGUGGUUAUGGUUCGACGUGUGUGGGCAUUCGCGUUGUUAUUGCUGACGUGUGCCGGGACGGUGAGCGCGGAAGGUGUGUCUACCGCUGAGCCGGCGGUUUCGUUUCACCUCACCUCGCGGCCGUGGAAGCCAUCGGGGGUGGCGCGCCAGGAUUAUUUGGAAACGGUCGAGGGGCUAUGCCGGUUUGCUGCUCGUCACCAGGAUGAGCGGGGGGCGUUUGUCGAUCCGUUUCUGGGGCGGGAGCAUCAGUACUCCACGCCGUACUUCGCCUACGCGGUGGGGGUGUUGGUCGAUGCGGGGAAGGCGAAGGACCUCUUGCCACAUGGCACGCGCGCGAUGGAGUACGCCACUGCUUGUUUCGCCGAAGGGGCGGCCGGCAUUCCGGAGGAGCAUGGCGAGUUCUUUCUGGCACCAUUGGCCGGUGCUUUGGAGCAUUACGCGGCACAUGUCGACUCCGCGACGCUGGAGCGGUGGACACAGCGACUGCGUCAACCGCGGGCCAAGGUGCUGCAGGACGGUGGUGCGCGAAACAAUAACUGGCGCACGUAUGCCAUGCGGGGUGAAUGGGCUCGGGCCAAGGCGGGGCUAAUUCCGGAAGAAGACGCGAGGGAGUUCAUUGAGUGGGCCUGGCUGCGGGGAACGCAGCGGGAACGGAUUGCGGAAGACCGAAUGAACUUCUACCAGGACUGGAGUAGCGAUCCGCAGUCGCAUGCGGUGGAGGCUGUCGGGCGGGGAAAUUUGCUGGCCUUGAUUGCGGGUGGGUACGACGGGGCUUCGGUGGAUGAGAUGGUUGAGGUCAUCGAACGCGGCACGCGAAUGACACUGCUGUGGCAAGACCCGACAGGUCAGUGCCCGCCGAAUGGUCGCACGGACGAUCAUGUGUUUAACGAUGUGCUGUAUCAGCUGGCGUUCGAAGUGCUGGCCGAACUGGCGCGGGAGCGGGGGGAUGUGCAAUUGGCCGCCCAGGCUCGGCGCGCGGCGCGGCUGAGCUUCAAGUCGAUCGAUCGCUGGCGACGCGAGGACGGGGAGUGGCGUGGUUCGUUCUUCGUGACGAAAAACCACUUCGAUCCGACGGAACGGGUGGGGUAUCAGCCGGCGAGCCAGUAUUCGAAUUACAACGGCGCCGUCAUGUUGCACCUGGCAGAAGCGUACGAAACGGUGCGGGCGGAAAUCGAAGAGCAGCCGGCCCCCUGCGAGAUUGGCGGUUACGCGGUCGAGGCCGACGCGGCGUUUGGCAGCCUGGUGGCGAACGCUGGCGGGAUGCAGUUGCAACUCAACCUGCGGGGCGACAGUGUGCCGAAAUAUGGAAAGUACUGGACGCCCCUGGGGCUGGUGCGGUUCAGCCGCGUGGAAUGGGACAGCCGGUUGGGGCCGUCGGACGGGGUGCGCGAGAAGCGGAGUGCGGGCUCGGCGGUGAGUUUUGGGCCCACGUGGAAACAAGGAAACCGCUGGGUGCGGCUGGCCGACCUGCCGGAACACUAUCGCGGGACGUGGACGACCACGUUUUGCCAUCCGCUGCUGGUGAAAGGGCAGGUGCUGUAUCACUCGGUUACGGGAGCGGGCGGACCAAUCUUUCGCCAAGAGUUGGUGAUUACGCCCGAUGGAGUGCUGACGACGCUUACUUGUGACGAUGCGCGCCACGAGUUCGGCCUGACGGUUCCCCUGCUGGAGAACGAUGGACGUCCGCUGGUGACGAACACAGAACCGCCAAUCUUGAGCACGAGAUAUCCCAGGGACGGAGAUCAGCAGUGUUUCUUGUGUUUGGAUCCUGGGGUUGAAGCGAGUGCUGAGCCAUCGCUACGCAGCAGCUACGGCGACUUGCGGCCGGUCCGGGUGUCUUCCACCGACAACAAAGUCACCGUGUUUGUCUAUCCUCGCUCGGCGGAUGAUCCGGCGGCCAGCGAUGUGUACGACUCAUUCCGCACGGAAGACGAUGCGUUUCGAAGCGUGCUGGGACAAGUGGACGGAACGCUCUACUUCGGACGCUACUCGGCCGGAGGGUAUGGCAACUCGCUGGACCUGGACGGAGACGGACAGCCGGAGUUGCGGUUGAGUGAUGCGUGUGGCUUCAUUGUUCAGUUGAGCAGCGGUCGCAUCACGGCCGUUGAGGUCGAUCGCCCGGUGUCGGCUGGAAUGGACGAGAAGGAGAUUCAGCUCGAGGCGUUCGAGCCAGUCACGGUCUCAUCCGAGUGA